UGCGUGCCUUGGUUUCUGCACCUCUUUCGCAAAGUAAACAGAAGAGAGAAGAAGAGAAGCAGAGGCUUCACGUUCCUACACACACACACGGGAUUAUCUUUCGCUUCAGCUGCUGAGAGUGUGUGCUGGCAUCCUCAGUGGUGUGUGUAGAGCCUAUGUGUGUGUGUGUGUGUGCAUCAGCUGUAUUAACUCUGACUGCUCAUUGCUGCCACUGAAAGAAGUAAAGAAGCAAGAAGGGAGGGGACAGGAAGUGAAGGCAGAGAGCGAGAAUAGUGAGAGUGAAGUAAACAGAAGUGUAAGUGACUCUCUAUGAGUAAGCUGUCCCGCCUCCACAUGCUGUGCUCUAUGGCGAACUCUGGCUGUGUGCUGCUGUCCGGGUCUGGGAUGUUGGCCCAGUCUCUGCAUUGCCCGCCUGCUUUUCUCUAUCUGCCCCAGGGUAACCAAGAGGCCCCGGCUCCCCCUGAAGCUAUGGCUCAACCUUUCCCACAAGCCCAGUAUCCACCUCCUUCACAGAACGGGAUCCCUGCUGAGUAUGCUACACCCCACACCCACCCACCGGCUGACUACACGGGAACAAGCACAGUGGGCGAGCAUACCCUAACACUAUACACGGCGGCACACACACAGAGUGAGCAGCCAGGAAAUGACAGCAGCACUCCAGCUCUUACUACUAACACAAUAUCGCAUCCAGAGGACGUGGCACAGACCGAGGGUUCGCAGCAGCUCCACCUGCAGCCCAGCGAUUCAUUAGAGAAGCAGCAACCCAAGAGGUUACACGUCUCUAACAUCCCUUUCCGCUUCCGGGACCCUGACCUCCGGCAAAUGUUUGGGCAAUUUGGGAAGAUUUUAGACGUGGAGAUUAUUUUUAAUGAACGAGGCUCCAAGGUCAACAAUGCCACCGCCAGAGUAAUGACCAACAAAAAGAUGGCAAACCCUUACACAAAUGGCUGGAAGCUGAAUCCAGUGGUUGGAGCCGUAUAUGGUCCUGAAUUUUAUGCAGUGGCAGGUUUUCCAUACCCCAGUGCAGGAGCAGCUGUUGCCUAUAGAGGGGCUCAUUUGAGAGGGAGGGGCCGCGCCAUCUACAACACGUUCCGUGCUGCACCUCCGCCUCCACCUAUCCCCACCUAUGGAACCGUGGUCUACCAGGAUGGAUUUUAUGGGGCAGAAAUAUAUGGAGGAUAUGCAGCCUACAGAUAUGCACAGCCAGCUGGUACUGCUGCAGCUGCUUAUAGUGACAGUUACGGCAGAGUCUAUGCAACCGCAGACCCCUAUCACCACACGAUUGGUCCUGCAGCCACAUACAGUGUGGGCACUAUGGCUAGCCUUUACAGAGGAGGGUGCAGUCGCUUCACUCCCUACUAGAAAAGAGGGAGACAGGCCCCCCUUUCCUUUGCCACAGGCAUAAAAAGCAAAAACUCAAAUCAGCUAAAAUCAGCUUUCACCCCCUUCAUGAAAAACUCACAGCAAGAUGCUUCCAGUUGGCAGAUGUAACUCUGACAUGCAAGAAUCAUCUUAAAACUGCUUCCCUGUUUACGGACUGUAAACAUUUACUGAUGUCAUUUAUUGAUGUACUGUACUUAUUGUUGUAAAUAACAAUGUGUUGAUUUGAAUGUUUGGAUUGAAAAAGUUGAACAAAGACAAUAUUAGCUGAUGUGGACCAAGCUGACCAAAAACUAGACUUUAAUGAAAUUCAAAGAAACAUUUGUUUUGCCCUGUGACUCCUCUGAAUGGCCUUUGGUGCCAGUUUAAAUCCGUUUACCUAGACUCCUAUAUACUCCUAUAUACUCCUAUAUCCAUAUGUUCAUUACUGUGCAAAUGUCUUGAGCCUUCCCUCUUUUCUGUCUGUUGUGCUUCCAAGGGGCCAGACUUUUUUUUCGUUUUUAAAGUGGUCCUGAGCUAAUUCUCCAGGCAUUCUCAAGACCUUUCAGAGUUUUUCUUUGAGCUGCUUUUUCACAUAUUUUCAGUCCAGUUCUUGUACCUUGACCAUUUUCAGAGAAAUUGUUUGUUUAAAGUCUCAGUACCCAGGGUUAGGGUUAGGCUGCUGAGUGAUUGUGUGUUUUUGCUGUCACUGACUGAUUGUGAACAGAAAUGCAGACUCCACCUGUAGGUAGCCACUGUUGGACACGAGACAGGUAUAUAGGUUACUGGAUGGGAAGCAUCUUGUCUCACUGCAGCUCAGACUGACUGUAAUCUUUCUCAAACAGACUGGCAAAGAUAAAUUCAAAGGAAAACUCUUUUAAAUUUAGAGAGAUGCACAUGUUGUAACUAGUCUCAGUCAGUCUUCUUUAAUGGGCUCAAAUACGGAAACAAACAACGUUUUUUGGCAAACAGUUUACUGUAAAUUGCAUUAAAUGUAACCCAGGAAAGCUUGUGUCUUUUUGCACCCGCUGUGUGUGUGUAAAAGUAUUUAUGUAUUUGGAGUGAGGGGGGUGGCUUUGGGUGGCUGGCUGAAAGCUGUGACCACAGUGCCCAAACCUUGGCUCUGUCUCUUUAUUUAGCGCAUUUAGUGCCAAGCCUGACUUACACUACAUACUCAGCGCAGAACAGUGCAGAACCGAACUGGACUCAACAGAGGAUCUUAAUAAAAAAGGUGUUAGAUUAAAUGUAACCUUUAAUGUCUAAAUGUAUAAUAUGUUAGGAUUAGUUAAAUGAAUAUGUGCAGUAUUCACAGUCUCGUGCUUUUAUCUUCAGACACUCUUAGUCAAAUAAAAAGAUACAAACAGUUUAUUAUGCCAGAAUUAAAUUUCCCAUCCAUUUAGCACUCUGUGACCAGCUGGGCCACUUCACUUUAAUAUUUAAUGUGAAAAAUGCUGACAGUUUCAAGAAAGACAGAAAAAAUAUGACACUAUAGUACACUACACUAAGAAAACAGCAGUACAAUGAUGCGAGUGGCAACAGAUUUUCGAUGUAUUAAAGUAAAUUGCUGCAGUAUCACAAUGUUUGCUUGAACCAGUUCAACUAAAAACUAAUAGCAAACUGAUAUCAUCUUAUUGUCACUGUUUUCCUGUUUAUGGCCAUCUUGAUGCACUCAAACCUGGUCCCUGUCAUUAAACCAACCAUGUCAAAGGUUGGGAUUUUGUUAGUUGAUUACUCACUUUUACAAUAAUUUUGGUCACACAGCAGUCUCCAACCACUGUUUAUUUAAGUCACUCAAACAUAACACAGUUUGACAGGCAUAAAAUUGUAUUUUUGUGCCAACCAGGUGAUUUCCAAGAGCUGUUAGCUGAAAUCUUAGGAUAUGUUGACAUGGUGUGUCAAGAUAUUUGAGGAAACUGGACAAAUAGAGGACAAAAAAAAGACCAAAAAAAAAUUUAAAAAAUAGAUGAACAGUGUCUGAACAUCAUGUCCUUCAGAAAUAGCAAAGCAAAGGCAAAGGCUUGACACAAGACCUGAGAAAUGAUCAGCUGAUCCAUGUACUAUUCUCUGAAAGCUCAUCAGAAUUAGAGUGGGUGCUUUUCAGUGGCAGCCAUUUUUAAGGAAGGAACCAGCGAGAAAAGGCUGAGGUAUACCAAAUUAUACAGGAACUAGACUGAAAAUCAGCAGCAGCAGGAAUGAUUAACCCAAACAACCUCAACAAUGUUUCAGCAGUCUGGGGCAAUCUCGACAGAUAAUGGAACAAAUGGCAGUAAACACCUAAUGAAGAGCUUUGAAUGUCCUGUAAGAGGCCUGGAGAACUUACAUAAGUUACAAUGUUACUGUGUGUAUGUAAAAUGUAACAACAACAUUUUCCCAGGACUCUGUGCAUUCCUGUGAAAAACCAAGUACACCCCAUGAUUCAACAGCCUGUAGAAUCUCCUUUAGCAGCAAUAACUGUUUUUUUUUCUGUAUGUCUUUACAAGUAUAUCACUUUGUUGUGGAGGAAUUUUGACCCACUGUUCUUCAUGAUGUUGCUUCAGUUCAUUGAGGUUUGUGGGCAUUCAUUAAUGCUCUCUUUAAGUCCAGCAACAGUAUUUUAAGUUCUGUCAAGGUCUGGGCUUUGACGGGGAUUGCAACACUUUUUUUUUUCAUUUCAUUAACUCUUUGCAACUGUUGCAUGACCCACUUUAAGUAUUAGCUGUUGCAGAGAUGCCUCAGCUUUGACUCUAGAGUGCUUUAGUAUACCAAGGAGUUCAUAGUUAAUUCAAUGAAUAUAACAUGCCCAGAUGCUACAAACUGUCCCCCGCUGUGCUGACAUCUGGUACACUUCAGUCUCAUCUGUCCAAAUCACUUUGUUUCAGAAGUCUUGUAGUUUGUUCAGAUGAAACUCUGCACACCCAAACCAUGCUGUCCUGUUAUUUUUAGAGAGAAGAGACUUUCUUCUGGUAACCACGACAAACAACCAAUACUUGGUCUUUUUCUAAUCUUGAACUUUACAGGCCUCAGUUACCAUGUUACACGUUAGAGUCUGAGAAGUGGGUUUUAUGCAGUUUAUCUCAGCACUCUGAACUUGGGGUGAAUUUGCUGGGACACCCACUGCCUGAAAGACUGUGGCAUUAUGUUAACACACCUGAAAGCUCCAAACCAGCAAACUGCUAAGACUUUUGCUUUUAUAUAUGUUCACAUUUGCUGGGGCCUUGUCCGGUUCCCGUCCAUGAACAGGAGUUUAGUUUCAUAUUGACUUAGAUGGACUCAAACCUGACCCUACUCUGUCCCUGCCCCUCAAGGAGCUGAAACUGCAUCAGAAAAGGUAAAAGAAAGUGUUGCAUUAUGAAACCUGAAAGGUGAGUGGAAGAGUGGGGUAUGUUUUUUUUUAAUCUAAACUCAGCAUGAAUUGAUUUUCUAACACAGUAUGGAGGAAGAGCUGUGUCAACCAUUGCAAAAUGAGAACCGUUCAGAGUCUACUGAUUGUUGCCACAGUGCCCAGGAGGUCGGAGGUAUCCCAUUACUGCUGAAUGUCUCUAAUAGAAACAACAAAAAGCUUAUACACCAAUACUUCAUGUUUCAUGACUCCUCGUGUUCUCUGGAGGCAAUAAUUACACGUAUGCACAUGUAGGAACAACAGAGGCUGUUUCUCACAAUGUUAUUAUGAAACUGUGGUUUUCUUCCUGCCCCCUGCUUUAAUAUGUAUAUGGUCAUGAUUUAUGAUGUUCAUCAUAAUGAUGAUAAAUGAAUACAUCAAUAUUACUACUAAUGAUAAUAAAUAAACAAUUAAAUAAUAAUAAAACAUUUAAAAGUGCAGCUGAUCAUGGCACAGUCCAAUCUUCUUAUCUUGUUGCUUCUCACUCUUAAAAAAGAAGGCAACAUUUUAGUUACCAGAUAUUUCAGUACCUUCAGUCAAAUAACAAGAAGAUAGUUCCAUCCACCUUGUUUGGUCAAAAUAUUUAACAACUGCAUGAAUAUUUAUUGAAUAAUGAUGCUGAGAGAUUGCUACAGAGAUGGAUGUGUGAUGGCUUUAGAAACAUCUUUGAGAGCUGAAUAAGCACCAAGCUUUUCACCACCACGAACAACAACAGUACCUAAGACACACUGAGAGAGGACAGUAACUGAAUAGCAAAGUCUUCUGAUAACACAGGGAUGUUACUGUGGCUUAUAAAUCGUCUGCUCAUUUUUAUUUGUUCUCUAAAUACUGUCAAAAAUGUUGCUAAUGUAGUCUAGCUCACUAGAGAUUAUUAGCUCACUGUAACCUUCUGAGACAUUAGACCUGUGGCAUGUGUGUUAGUGCCAGCCAAGGAGCUGACCUGCUUUUUUAUUUUAGUUAAAAAUCUCUGUUCGUAUUCUGGUCAAACCAGCACAGCUCCAGAUCCAAGUGACAGCAAGUCAGAAAUAUGUUACCUAUCAAUGGCCAGCAGCAAGCUUUGUUCACUUUGAAUAUGACUAUAAAUUGAUAUGGAUCAGUUUGUUGUGGGUUCUGUAUACAACAUAAUUUAUUCUCCAGUCUUGGAACUGAGGUGAUGCAGGGCUUGUAUGAAUUCACUGUAUGAACUUUAAUGUAAAAGUAACUCUCGUAGCAGUUUGUAUAAAGUGAUUUUAUAGAGUUUAAGAUGAUGCAGCUUUAUUUGCUUGAUUGAUUUGGUGGACUGCCUCUACUGCAUGUGGUUAGAGACUGAAACAAGACUAAAACAAGGCAGUGCGUGUUUCUGCUGUUUAUCUGCUUUACUACAAAUUGUUCUUAACAUACUUUAGACAGUUGUGGCCCAGAUGUUUGAGCCUCUGCCCAAGAAUCAAUAAAUAAAGGGUCCACCAUAUCCCACCUAUAGGUCAUGCUAAAUUUAAAUUCUUUAAUUCUGUUUUAGAAAUUUAAGCAAACAAUGACUAACAACAUAAAUAAUAAAUGAAUAAAAUGCUAUUAUUUAAAUAAUACGUCCAUUCCACGAGCAGUCUGUGUGUGUAAGAUGGUGGAAGCUCAGUCAUUUAAUUCCUGGCUCAGUCCAUGUCGACGUGUCACUGGGCAUGAUUACCUCCACUGUGUCUAUUUAGCAUGUAUUGGACAGGUCAAAAGCAUAUAAAUGAUUUCAGUAAUGGUUAAAAAAAACAUAGGUGCUAGCACCUUUAAUGUAAAGCAUUACUUAGAGAAAUGGCCCUGUGCUAUAACAUCAGCACUGUAAUAAAUACAGUGCUGAAUUAUGUUCAUACUGUUUUUCACUACAGUCUUUUAUAAUAAUAAUAAUAAUGGAUUGGAUUUAUAUAGCGCUUUUCAAGGCACCCAAAGCGCUUUACAAUGCCAUUAUUCAUUCACGCUCACAUUCAUACACUGGUGGAAGCAAGCUAC